AAGAAAUACAAAUAAAUAGCUUUUAAAUUUAAAAUUCAAACAAGAAAUAUAAAAAUCUCACAGAAAUGUUAACGAAAACCUUUAAAAAUUUAAUAAAAAAUAAAAACAAUUCCAUACAGACAACAUCAGUGUUGCUGAAACGCUUCAUCAGUGCUUGUGUAGAGAAUGGAAAAUUUGUUGUGGUUCAGGAGGAAGCCGAUGUGGAUGUUACAUUAAAUCCAUCAAAAGAACCAUUAAAAUUUCCCGGUGUUUGGUUACGUGAUAAUUGUUAUUGCGAGCAGUGUUUUCAUCCCACUUCCAAAUCACGUAAACACGAUUGGGAUAAAUUCGAUGUGAAGGUUAAAGUUGAAAAAUUGCAAACAAAUAAUAACACAAAACAACUAAUUGUCAAUUGGAGUGAUAAACAUCAAUCGGUGUAUGACUUGAAAUGGCUGCAGGAACGUGCAUUUAAUGAUAAGAGACGUGCUCAAUAUUUAAGUGAUUUCUAUCGUCCGAAACCCAAACAUUGGCAGGGUUCAGAAUUUGAGAAUAUUGUUGAGGUGCUGGAAUUCAAAGAUGUUAUGAACAGUGACGAAGCCCUACAAAAAUGGCUUGAAGCCCUGGCUAUCCAUGGUGUGGUCAUGAUAAAAAAUUCACCCAUCGAACAAACUGUUGUGAGACAAUUAGCUGAACGUGUUGGUUUUAUACGGCGCACAACUUACGGCGAAGAAUUUAUAGUACAAUCAAAACCGGGUGCUAAAAAUUUCGCUUAUCUCUCGGAUCCUUUACCACUGCACACUGAUUUGCCGUAUUAUGAGUACAAGCCAAGUUGUAAUAUUUUACACUGCAUGGUGCAAUCAAAAUCACAAGGUGGCAGUAAUUUACUGGUCGAUGCCUUCCACAUAGCCGAUCGCAUGCAGCAGGAACAUCCAGAGGAUUAUAAGAUUUUAACACAAACGCUAGUGGAUUGGAAUGAUAUUGGCAGUGAGGAUGAUAAACAUUUUCAUAAUAUCUGGCGUGCUCCUGUUAUAUGCUUGGACAAAGACGGCAAUUAUACGCGUUUAAAUCACAGUAUACCCCAACGUGACAGUCACUUUUCGGUACAAUUGGAAGAAGUUAUACCCUGGUAUGAGGCUUACGAGAAAUUUGUACGUCUCGCUCGUAAGGAUGCCUAUGCUUUCAAGACGAAGCCCGGUAAUGUUUUGACUUUUAAUAACAUACGGCUGCUGCAUGGUCGCGAAGGUUAUGAUGAUUCCGAUGAUAAUGUACGUUAUAUUGUGGGAGCCUAUCUUGACUGGGAUAUUAUCUAUUCAAAGUUGAGAGUAUUGAAAACGGCGGCGAAGGGAAAUUAAGUAAAAAAUAAGUUUAUUAGUUAUAAUUUUUUAAUUGUCAAGAGAGAUUGUAAGUAAGAAUUUGCAUUUACUCGACGUUAAUAUUUGUUACAUUUAGUUUUUAUUAUUGUUAAUAAAUUUUACUGGUAAAAAUUUAA